CUUGUUUAGAACGUUGGUGAUAUAAACCUACUCACUUGAAAUGGGUUGGACCUGGUGAUUAUGACAGACCUAAAUAGUAGUCUUACUGCCUUAGAUUGGCUUCUGAAUCUCAGCUCAAGCUUAUUGACAGCUUCUAUUAAAAGUGAAUUUCCUUUUGUAAUGGAUAGUUUGGAUCACGUGAAUGGAGAUGGUUAUAAACCACGGUCUGGCUGUGGGUCCAAGCCCUACCAAACGGUCUUUAUCCCUCAUGAAUUAUCAACGAAUGAAUAUUUUAUUAAAUUCUCACGUUCUGAAUAUGAGCCAAGAAAAGGAUCUUAUCAGUGUCUGUCUAAUCACUGCGCAGACAAGGAAUGCAUGCACCCAGCACCAAAUAGACAAGCUAUAUGUUCAGAACAAAGUUUACGAUGUGUGUCACAACUACAAAAGAUCUUGCCCAAAAACAAUACAUCUUUGCCUACAUCUGAAAACACAAACAUUGAUAAUCACACUGACAACUUUCAAUUUACAACUAAUUAUUGUAAUUCCGAAUUUCGAAUAAAUCAUAUUCAUCCUUGUAGUAACAAUUUGUCUAGUUCCAAAACUCGUCGAACGAAUCGUAAACGUUUGUUAGAUUCUGUGUAUACUGAAUACACCAUAGACAAUCAAUUUACCAAUGAUAAUCAUAACACUACUGAUAAUAUUUCAUAUCAUUUAAAUAAACCCAUUUCUCAUGAAGCGAAUAAUCCUAUAUUAUCGAAUAUAACAACUAGUCUAUCUACACAUUGUAAUAACUCUGAUAAUGUGCACACCAAACAUGACAUUCAUAACAGUAGCAGGAAUCAUAAUAAUAACGCAACAUCGCUUUCUAAUCAAAUUAAUACAAUAACUAGACAAGAUGAUCAUUUAAUAACUUGUAAUACUCAACGUGCUUUUACUGGAUUUCCAGUGGCUUCAAAUACUUCAGACUUGUUCCACACAGGAUCACUAGUUGCAAAUCGAUGCACCUCUGUUGUAUUGACUACUUCUGAUGACGUCAUACUGAAUCGUAAUCAUACUACUGAUAAUGAUGAGAUUUCAGUCACAUGCAAUAUUCCUUCUAAUACUGUGACUACUUCCACUCAUACUACCAGUUUUGACUCAACCAUUGACAAACAUCUUGCCAGAGAUGGUAGACAUUAUUUCCACAGACUAAAUGAUUAUGAAAAUGCAUUGAAUUGUACAUCUGCAAAAAUAUCCAGUCAGUCUGAUCAACAACAGACUAAUUCUACGUACUAUGCAUCUGAUAAUGACAAAAAUGUACCAUCAGACAAUGAUAAGAAUAAUGUCAGGUCGUUAAUAUCUCAACAAACAAUUACAAGACAAUAUAUAUCAGGAAUUUCUCCAGAUUUUUCAAUGAAAACAGUUGACACAUCGUCAUCAUCAUCAUCAGCUAAGAUGAUGACAAGCACGACUUGUAACACAGUAGUGAGUGAUAAAAGUAAUAGUGACUUUCUGUAUAAUUAUGAUAAUGAUCUUCAAAAGAAUCAAAUGCACAGGAAGAAUUGUGUUCGUGAAAUGUUAACUUUCAGUAAUGAAGAUGAUGGUAUUACUGAUACUAAUAAUAAUAAUUCAAUGGGACCAUUACUUUCUUCAACAUCGUCAUCUUCAUCAAUGGUUGAUUUUUAUAUGAUUCAUUCAGAUCAUCCAGUGAAUUUACAACAUGAAUAUGGCGUAGGAACAGUCGUCGUACGAGGAGAAGGAGGUGUUGAUGAUGGUGAUGAUGAUGAUGGCGAUGAGAAUGAAGAACAAUGUGAAGAUCAUUCGUUAAGAUCAAGUUUUUCAGCAGGUGAACUAGAUCUUAGUGCAUCAUUUCGACAUUUGUAUCAUGCACUGUUUGAUGGUUUUGAAUUAUCAUCAAAUUCAACUAUGGAUCUUCAAACUACAUCUGAAUCAUCCAAUUCAUUUUUAUCGAAUAGACUGAUAGAAGCAUCAUUGAAAAACAUGACGACAACAGCAACAACACCAGCACCAACAACAUCAGCGGCAAGAGAAAUAAUGACUACAAGUGAUUCGAUUGGUAUGACAAAUAAGGAGAAUAUUGAUUAUUGUAAUGCGGUUUUGUUGAAUAAACACAAUGGUCAUAAACAACAAUGCAUUUCAUCAUCGUCGUCGUCCUCCUCCGCAGCAUCAUCAUCAUCAUCCUGUGUUCCUGCUUCUUCUUCUUCGUCUUCAACUUCUUCUUCCUUUACUUCUACGUGUUAUUCAUCACCUCCCUCAUCUUCAUAUCGUUCAAUUUAUUCUCAGAAUAAUGAUGAAUAUGAUCACCGUCAAUUUGGCAGAUCAUCAGAUAACAACACUAUGAAAGUAUCAGAUAGAUUGUUAAAUAAUUCAUUCAAUUUAACUUAUGUAUUACAGAAAUCUUUACAAGCAGCAACAAAUUUCGAUUGGAAUAGUAUCAAUCUAGAUGAAUAUCCAGAUGAGAAUAGUUGUGUGAAACAGGGUUGUCGGUGUGUUGAGUCAUGCUAUUAAGACACUUGAAAAGACUGAGGCAGGCUCGGAAGAUUGUAUUAUGUAAAUUUACACUCUGAGUCAAUUAAAAACGAA